AUGCAGGUGACGGAGCGCGAGGCCGGGGGGCAGGGACUGGAGGGGGGCCCGGCCCUGCCCGACGCCCAGAUGGAGUCGCCCGCCCCCCCCAAGUCCCCGGCCUUCGACCUCUUCAGCCUGGUCCUGUCCUCCAAGCGGCUGGAGAUGUACCUGGAGCCCCUGCAGGACGCCUGGGAGGGGGUCCGCUUCCUGCUAAGGUGGCAGAUGCCCCUGUGCUCGCUGCUCACCUGCCUGGGCCUCAACUUCCUGCUGCUCACCCUGACUGAAGCUGCCUGGUUCUCGCUGUGCGCCCUGCUGGUCCUGCUACCCGCCCUGCUGGGCUACCUGCGGGAGACGUGCCGGGUCCGCCGGCCGGAGUCGGAGCUGGUGCGUCAGAGGUACCACAGCGUGCGGCGCGAGGACCUGCAGCAGGUGCGGCUGGCGCGGCACGAAGCCGUUGCUGAAGUGAAGAGAUUCCUGAUCCACCUGGAGGGCUUCCUGAGCUGGCUGUGCUGUGCCUGCGAGGGGGCGUACCGCGUGCUGCACUGGGAGACCCCCGCCUUGUCGUCCCAGUUCUAUGGGGCGCUGCUGGGCUCCCUCUGUGUCCUGUACCUGCUGCCCCUCUGCUGGGUCCUCGCCUUGCUCAACAGCACCCUCUUCCUGGGGAACGCUGAGUUCUACCGAGUGCUGCUGGAGCUCAAGGCUACGGUGGAGCAGCGCCUUGGCCCCAAGCCCAUCACCAGUGCCCCGGAGCCGGCGGAGCCCGACGCGGGAGGAGAGGGGGGUGGCACCCUGGUGGAUCGGACCCCCACGCCCACCAGCACGGAGGACCUCACACCCGGCAGCGUGGAGGAGGCGGAGGAGGCGGAGCCCGACGAGGAGUUUAAAGACGCUAUUGAGGAGGACGAUGACGUCUCCCAGUGCUCCGCCGAGUUUGACAUCGGCCUCCCGGACAGCAGCGUCAUGAGCAAGAACGAGGUGAUCCGCAGCAAGGUGUCACGGCUGACCGAGCGCCUGCGCAAGCGCUACCCCAGCAACAACUUCGGCAGCUGCACCGGCUGCGCAGCCACCUUCUCCGUGCUCAAGAAGAGGCGGAGCUGCAGUAACUGCGGAAACAGCUUCUGCUCCCGCUGCUGCUCCUACAAAGUCCCCAAAUCCUCCAUGGGAGCCACAGCCCCGGAUGCCCAGAGGGAGAUGGUGUUUGUCUGCGCGUCGUGUAACCAGGCUCUCGUCAAGUGA